AUGCACGCCGGCGAUUUUGCUCAAAUGUCUCACAACAGCUUUACUUCGCAGCCCAGCUUGGGUCUGCCUUCCGGAGGCUUGGCCUCGCGCCGUGGUGGUCAGAACAUCAAGCCUUUGUCCUUUGACGCCACUAAGACUUCCACCGUCGACAACGGAGCUCCUACUCCUCGCACGAGCCGAUCCCACCUCCUUGCUGGACUUCGAACCGCUCCCAAGUCGGCUACAACCUCCUCUUUCCCUGCCUCCGCUACUUCAACCAUGCAGGCGCCUCAGCAGGUGCCCGCCAGAAACGGCAAUGCCUCGGCCAUGUACGGUGCUCAGGAGAAUGCGUAUGCUGGUCCCAAGACUUCGCUGCCUCGGCUUGCUACCCAGCAGCAGCAGCAGCAGCAGCAGGCUUACACUCCUAUGGGCUAUGCACAGCAAUACACUGCGGACCAGAUCCUGGCUCCUCCCGAGCUGCAGUUUGAUGAGCAGGUUCAGGAGCAGCUGGACCCAUCGUUUUAUGCUCAGCUGGUUGCUGCUAAUAUGCACCUGGCUCAACAGCAGCAACGUCUACAGCAGCAACUCCUCAACAUUCAGGCUGCUGCCCAGCAGUUCCAAGGUCUGAGUAUGAACGGUCAGGCCUCUCUCCAGCAGCAGAUGGCUCUCCAGACUCUGUACCAGCAGCAACAGCAACUUCAAAACCUUCAGCAGUCCAUUGCUCAGAUGCAGCAGCCCCAGCAGAACGUAUACGCCUACUACAACCCUACCACUGGCAAGCAGGAGUACUACGUUGACCAGGGCCAGGCUCAGUACAACAACGCUUACCUCGACCAGCCAGCUACCCCGCAGAACAUGACUUUCCAGCAGGCCACUGGCACUACACCCCGUGUUGAGGUUUCGCCUCCUCCCAUGGAGCCCAACGAGAGGCCCUUCUUCCGCAGCAACUCGCCUCCCAAGAAGACGGAGCUCACUGUGGAGCCCACUCCUCUCCCCCCGCCCUCUGCUAACGCUUUCCGUCGUGGUCAUAAGAAGAUGGGCUCGGUCGCAAACCAGAAGGGCUUGUCCCUGUCUACUGAGGAGGCCAACGUCAACGCUGGUCUCAAGUCUGGUGUCGCGUUCCCGCUGUCGCCUUUGGCCAACGGUUACGGACCUGGUCAGGCUCGUGCCGGAGAGCACCCUGUUCGACAGCCACGUGGCCCCCCGUCGAUCGAUGAGUUGCGGGCAAAGCCAACUGCCAAGAUCGAGGGCAGCAAGAACUUUGCUGCUCGCACUCGACGAUCUGCUGUUCAUAACCUGGUUCGAGCUGGCCUGGAGAGACGCAAGGGCACUAGCAGUAGCUCUGGCAGCAUGAGCCCCGUCUCUGAGAGCGCUGAAGAGGCUGGAACCCCUCUCACUGACAAUGAGUCCGACUCUGGACGUAGUGGCUCUGGAAGUCUCGACGGUGAUGCUGAGCCAAGCCUGGCUAGUUCUCGGACCUCGAUCAGUGGUGCUUGGGGUGCUAUCGGUUCUGAUCGCCCGAGCUCCCGCUCCAAGUCCCGCAAAAGCGUCGAGAGCCUGUCAAGCGCCUGCGGCAGUGAGCCCGGUAGCUUCGCCAAUGUUUUCAAGCAUGGAGCUCAGCGCAAGGUCGAGUCUCCUGACGGCCAGCGCAAGGCUCCCAGGCUGGUGCUCACAAGCGCUGAGAAGCGAAAGGGUGGCGUCGUCGCAUAG